AUGGGCGACGGGAACGUUGUCCAGUGGCUGAUGUGCGGGGCGGCGGCCGGCCUGGCCGUCGACAUCGGCCUGUACCCGCUGGACACGAUCAAGUCGCGGCUUCAGAGCAAACAAGGUUGUUUUUUUAAACUAUAAUUUUACUUUUUGUUCUCUAUCAUUUAAGCAAGAUUAGACGGUAGAUUUUUUUGUGAGCGAGCUUGUGUUUCAAUGGAAAUCAAUAUUAGUGAAGCUUUAAUUUUUUUUUUUUUGGAGAUAAAAAUCACGAAAAAAAGAUUUUAUUCUCAAAAUAGUUGCUAUUUUGGGACAAUUAUUGAACCAUAUAAAGCUUAUAAAGGAACCUUUUUUUAAAGUUAUAUCCUCAGAACUUUUUCAUUUUUAACGUUCUACGAGAAGUUUCUUCUUUUAAAAUCUCCAUUUUUAUCAAAUUAGUUGAUCAUCUACAGUUCCAUCAUGUUGUCAAGCCUACUAAGGUGGUAAAAUAAGUAUAAUUUACAGGCUUUGCACCUUUUCAAGCUUCUAUUCCUAAAUUAACCCAGGAAAUUUGCAGGUUUCCUGGCCGCCGGCGGCUUCCGCAACAUCUACCGCGGCAUGAGCAGCGUUCUCGUCGGUUCGGCUCCCGGGGCCGCGAUUUUCUUCCUCAGUUACCGGCUAGCCAAUCGUCAUCUUGGGGAAGGCGUCGUGGAGCACGCUUUUUCGGCAAGCCUCGCCGAAAUCGCCGCCUGUGCCGUCCGCGUUCCCACCGAGCUCUGCAAGCAGAGGUCCCAAGUCAAGGCCGGCGCUCGGCUGACCGAAGUCGCCAGGGACAUUUUCCAACGGCGUGGCUUCUUGGGCUUCUAUCAGGGCUAUUUUAGGUGAGGGAUAUCUUUUAUCAAUUUCCGUGAGAAAAGGAAUAUUUUCAAGUCUAUACAAAUGUUUUAUUUCUCACACACAAUUACUAAAGUUUACGAGAUAAAUGUAGGGAAAAUGUAGGAAAUUUUUUUUCCAAAUUUUUAUCAAAAGGUCAUUUCAAUAGCAAAUUCCAACAUCAAAAGAAAAAAAUUCUAUAUUCUGAGGCUCUUUGAGCUUCUCAUCACUUCCAUUUUGGCUAAGAAUUAGCCUUGGUUUUACUAUUUCCGUACAAAAAUUAACGUGACAUGAUUUUUCUGUAUUAAAGUUGAAAAGGAAAUCUUUGAAAUAUUGUCAGGAGAGAACCAAAAAUUUUCCUAAAAAUUAGAAAACCCCUUGAUGAACCAGAUGGAGAUCCUAAGAGUUCCAACCUGCACAACUUGUUAGUUUUCGAAAAAAUGAAGGCCUUAUGCCCUAAAAUAGCUGUUUUUUGAAGGUUUUCUUUGACUUUAAGGCGGCUUUUCAAAAAACACGAGAGAGUUUUGCCGGCUGAGACUUUCAGAAUCUUCUUCUGGCGAAUCAAGAUUUGUUCUAGCCAAUUUUCAGGAAGUAGAACUACCUUGUGAAUGUUUCCCAAAAGGCCUUUCUCAGUUAAAAGUCCAUUUUGUAGAAGUUUUUAUGAAGUUUGGCGUUCAAUAACGACAGAAAUCGCUUCAGGCUUCAUUAAAGAAAGAAGGAAUAGAUGGAAAAUUUUUUAGAAUCACGGUAUAGUCUGUGUACCACGACUUGGAAUUUCACCGAACGACAUUCCGCUGUUCCGUUGCGUGCCUUUGCGCGCCUUUAAUUUUUCAUUUUAUUUAGAAACUCGACCAACACGUGUUCCUAGUGGAGUCAUCUAUGGGAAAUAAGAACCAAUUCAAAGCGAGACCGCGGCUCGCAAAGACGCUUCGCGACGCAGCGGAAUGUCGUUCGGUGAAAUUUCAAGUCGUGGCACACAGACUACCUUGCCAAUUUACAUAACUUUUCUCGCAAGUUUGCAGCACGAUCGCCCGCGAGAUUCCCUUCUCGAUGAUUCAAUUCCCGAUCUGGGAGCACCUGAAGAAGUCGGUGGCGAGGAGGAAAGGUCGCGACGAGUGCAGCGCCCUGGACGGCGCCAUCUGCGGUAGUGUCGCGGGAUCGAUCUCCGCGGCGUUGACGACGCCACUCGAUGUCGCCAAGACGCGAAUCAUGCUGUCGAAGCGGAAUCCGCCGCCACGAGUCCUUGAAACCCUACGCGAUGUCGCCAAGACAGGCGGUCCGAAAGCCCUGUUCUCUGGGAUCGCGCCACGCGUCAUGUGGAUUUCCAUCGGUGGCUUCGUCUUUUUUGGAGCCUAUGAGAGCUCGAUGUACCUCACUAAGUUCUUGUUUUGA